AUUACUGAGUUUUAAUUUUUUACAAAUUUUCAUUUUUUAAUAUAUCAACUUUGUACUCGGUUGAAAACGUUAAAUGUUAUCAAACUAGCAACAUCGUUGAUAUGCUAGCAUUUCAAAAGUUUCUUACCUACUUCUAGUUCUAACUUCAGUGUCAGUCAAUAAUUGUCAAAUAAACAAUGUAACAAGUGCUUGUCCGUUAUUUACGCGAUGUUAUAUAUUUUUUUAUUAAUGAAAAAAUACUCCUACCUCCUUUAAAAUGCCGAAAGCAGCGCGGAAGAUGCUUCAAAACGGAUACUCUAAAGAUGAACCGGAUCGUAUACCGAAUAACAUCACAAUUACAAACUUAGACCUUAUUAUGUAUGUUGUGGCUAUUGUCGGUCAUUUUGUGGAUUUGGGCCUGGAUAUAAAUAUUGCAGUGAGAUAUGCUAUAUCGAGGAGAACGAUGGAGUUCGGAUGGACACUUGCAUUUAUACUUUUCCCAGCAUUUGUUAACACAGCGGUCUCUAUAAGAAUGUAUUCACAGGAUAAACAACAGGAUUCAAUAUCCAAUGAGUUUACAAAAAGACGAUGGUUGCGUAUAUUUAUACUUGUUUUACAAAUGGCACCUAUUUUACGAUUUACUGAUGCCUUAAUCUAUGCAAUAAAGUCGAGACGGGCUGAACGAAAGAAGGAUACAACAUCACAACGCUUGUAUUAUGGGUUGAUGCUCAAGGAAGAUUCCGAUGCUGCACUGCUAAGGAUUUUUGAGUGCUUCCUUGAAGCAGCACCGCAGCAAGUUCUCCAGACGAGCUUACUGCUGCGACAAUAUGACCAUUUAGCAGUGCACCAGGUGCUGUCAAUAUGCUCGUCGGUGGUGGGCAUGGGGUGGUGCCUGGCGGCCUACCAGCGAGCGGUGCGCUUCGCUCAGCAGGACAAGGACAACAUGAGCUGGCCCGGAACUGUGCUGCAGACAGCCUGGCACUUUCUUGUUUCAUUAAGUCGCGUGAUCUCCAUAUCGAUAAUCGCCCACCUGUUCCCCCACUGGACGGUGCUCGCCUGCGCGGUGCACAUCCUAGUGAUGACAACGUGGCUUCAGUUCUUCGAUAAAUCUCCUUUCUGCUCCCACAACAAGCUAUGUGAGAUAGCAUUCUCCUUCGCUCUUGGAUCCGUUUACCUGUUUACAUAUAUCCUACCAGUGGAGGGCAGGACGAGGUACCGUUACUCUGUGUUCUAUUCACUAUGUUUCUUACAGAAUUUAACAUGUGCAGCCAUAUGGUACAUGUAUACGGACGAAGUGACCGGGGCUGACGUUUACUUUUAUCCAGUUUUGGUUCUAAGCGUUGUCCCAUAUAUGCUGGGUAUCAUGUUCAUGAUAUUAUAUUAUGCAGUAUUCCAUCCGAAGACCAGUACAAUAUCAGAUGUGACGGUUUCAUUUAAAUCUGAUAGACAGGUCGCUGAAAUCAGCUAACGAUGAUUAAAGUUAUUUGAUUAUCUAUUGUUGAUUUGCAAGUAUUGGUAAUUAUAUUAUAAUUUUACGUUCCAUUUCAUUUGUUAUAUAUUUGUGCACACUCAGUUUUAAAUAAUAUGACAAAAAGCAAAUUCUUUCAAUGGCUACAGUUUAGCUAUAUUAUUGAAAGAGUAAAAUUAAACAAAUCUUAGAUUAACAAAUUGCAUGCGAUUUUUUAAUUGUUCUGCUGUAUUACGCACUAUAAACAGUUCUUGGUUAAUUCACCUUUAUUUAUAAAACUAUUUAACAAGUUAUAACCACAUUAAUAUAAUUUUCAAAGUUCCGAUUAUAACUUUGCGGACAUUGAAAACGCCAUUUUUAUGCGAAUCCAUAGUGAAUACCAUAGAUUAUUCAAGAUCUCGACCAAUGAUAUCGCGUCCAUUGAUAUCGGUGACCAAUGAUAUCGGUGUCAAAGUUGUUUAUUUGGGUUUACUGCUCUUGUGGUUGGAUUUAUAGAAUGCAUUUAAUAUGACAAAGUAAUAAGGAACCAACGAUAUGCGAUCUCCGUUUUUUAGCAUAAGGCCAGAAUAUCGCUGCAUCUAUGUCGUAUAUAUAUUUAUCUUAUAAAUAAUAGUUGGUGCUUUUUGGUAUUCUUAAAAGUAAGAAUUCAUAUGUUCUUAAGUGCCAAUAUUUAUUUCAUGAAAUAUUUUAUCUUUACUGUGUGCUAACCAAAUAUACCAAAUUACUGAUUCAGUUGUACUGUCUCCAAAUUAAAUAAAUUUGACACACACAAGCCUAGAUCCAAUGAUCGGUUCAAACCCGGGCAAGCACCACAGUAUUUCCAUGUGUAAUUUGUGUUUAUAAUUCAUCUCGUGCUUGACGGUGGAGGAAAACAUCGUGGAGAAACCUGCAUGUGUCUAAUUUCACUGCAAUUCUGCCACAUGUGUAUGCGGCCAACCCCAUUGGAGCAGCGUGGCGGAAUAAGCUCCAAAACCUUCUCCUAAAAAGGAGAGGUCUUAUCCCAGCAGUGGGGCAUGCACAAGCUGUUACCGUAUAAAUAAAUAUCGCUAUCUCUUUCCAAUGUGUGUAAAUAGACGCCAAAAAAUACGGCUUCUCUUUCUGACCUGGAGAGCUAAUAAUACAGACAGCGCCAUAGCUGUUAUCGGCUGUUUCGCGUCUUGGACCCAACGGUGGAGGAAAUGUAAUCUUAUUAAAUUAGUUUACUUUAGAGUUUCACUUCAACAGAAUCAGUCAAUAUACAUAUUUCUAUAUUUAUAAACGUUUUAACUCAAUAUAAUGGUAUAUUAUUUUUAAUAACGGUGUUCUUGAUAUUGCCAUAAUAAUUAUAUACUUAAAUGUAAACAAAAGACUGGUUACAUAAUUUUAGUCAAUAGUGUUAACAUAUUUUUUUAUCGUAUUUACAAUAUAAUGUCAUGUAUCAAAUUUUAUGUGUGAAGCCUAAUCAUUGAAGUACAAAUUGAAAUUAAAAUUUCACAAGAAAAUCUUUGAAACCAUAUUUAAUGUCAAUAAUUGAAAUAAACGUACACUUUUGAAUAGCAACACCAGUGGUCAGAACUUCGCUUCGUUUUUGUAUAACUUGUAAUGAAAUAAAUUUUAAUUAAAAAGGUAAUUUAAAAAAAACAUUAUUUUUGUACGACUUCUAUUCUGAUAGGCUAUUUUGUAAGUACCUAUGGUAUGGGAGUACAUAGAAUAUGUAUAUUUAGUAUUAGUAUAUACCGAUAUAUUUAAAUAUUUACUGCACAUAUCCUGAUAGCAUGGAGCUUACACAAGAAUGCUAGCAACACUCAUUUAAUUACUCCUGUCAAAAAAUGUGGUAAAGGACGAAAGUUUAAUGGUUUAGUUUAAUUCAGAUGAAACGAGCCAUAGACAAUUUAAAUUAUAUAUAUAACUAGUUAACGCCCGCUGCUUCACUCGCGUUACUGAGGAGAUAGGUUUAAAAAAACAUAUGUCCUUAGGAUUCAAGCAUGCCUCAUAUCAAAAUUCAUUUCAUUAAAUACGAUUUAGCCGUCAAAGAGCAACAGACUAACAUAAUUACUUUCGCAUUUAUAAUAUUAAAGUAUAUAGUAUUUCCAAGUAAAAAAAAAAUAUCAUAAGAUUAAAAAAGGCACUUUUUUAUGCAUAUUCUGUGUACCAAACCAACUACCAUAAAUAUUGAUAAUAAUAUUGAAAUGAUUUUUUACUUUUGCAAUUUUAUAAACGAAUCUCAUACGAGAGUUUUCAUUUAGUAAACUCUAUAAAAGUGUCUCAACUGUAUUUUUUAAUAAAUUUUAG